AUGCCUGCAGUUGCUCUGAUCCGAGCCACAGAGGAAAUCCAUCAUUCUGAAGGCAUUGCAGCACUCAAACCAGAGCAAUUUCAGCUCUGGUUACCAUCCCAGCUUGCAUCCCAUGACCCACACCUUCCCUGCGACAAAAAACUUCAUGAAUGUGAAUGGGAACUCCGGUAUGCCCAAGCCCAUGAUGCAUUUAACAAUGUUCGACAGCACAUUCGCUUAUUUGCUCACCUCAACACAUUCAAGACAGCAAAUAUAUGUGGUCAAUGUGCCUCCACUCAUGCGCGCACCGCUCUCAAUCACACGAUUGAAAAGAAGCAUGCUAGCAAGCAUAAAUAUCAUGCUGCUCACGAUGCACUCAUUGCCCUUGCUCCCUUACUCAGAAAGGUUGGCCGGACUGAUAUCUUACGCCCUCUUGGAGUAACAGAUAUGAGGCCUAUGGGUGACUUCAUUCAAGGACAAUCUGAAGGUACUCGUGAUAUACUGUGGAUAUGGAAGACACCCGGAGUGCUGCAAGACAAUACUUUAGGACUCUGCGAAGUUGACGGAUGGCUGACAGGUCUUCGCAUUGAGUGGUGCAAGGCAAGAGUGCAAGAGGCACGUUGGUCCGAAGAAUUGCUGCUGUUGCUUGAAGAGAUGUAG